GGGUUUGACACCAUCUGGUGAAGGAAAGGGGGUCCGGUAACGGAGGUUGUGCGCAGUGAUACAUGUUUGUGGGCCGGGCGGAGGAUCUACUUUCCUCCAUAUAAAAACACACGUUUCCUUUUAUGGCGCAGCCGCUCCUUAUAUGGUCAACGGCACGAGCACGCGCCUAGCACUGCCAGCCCGUGCAGAGGAAAAGGAGGAGGAGGACAGCUGACUGCAGUCUACAUUGUGGCCACUGGGCGGCGCUUCUGGUUCAUAUUUGUCCAGCAGCCAAUCAGAGCAGAGAACUCAGAGCAGCCUCCUCUAGAACUUCAGCAGAACCUUUAGGAACCUGAAGGAGAACCUGGAGGCUCCUGCAGUUCAACCUGGACCUCUCUGGAUGUUCUGGUCUCAACUGGAGAACCAGAACCAGAAGGAGGUUCCUGUUUUAUAGGAUCUAGUUUGUUCAAACACCUUUUUGUUUGUAGAACCCGUGUAGAACCCUGACGUUCUCGGUAAUCUGCCGGUCAGAAGAUAAUCAGUCUGAUCCAGGAUCAGGGUUCUGAAUCCUGAUGCCACAACAUCAGCUGACCAGACGGAGAUCAUCUGCCAGCGGGACACUGGAGCUCUGAGGGUGGAGGAGUCAUUAGCUCGUUAGCUGAGCUUCCAUAAAGAUGAUCUAAGGUCGUCUAAACAGGAAGUGCUAGAAGGAGAAACACCCACAGAGACCAAACCAGCAUCUACAGGACCAGGAGAUGGUAGGAACCAGUAGGAAGUUCUGGAAGACGUUCACCUCCAGCUGGUUCCUCCUGAAGGUUCCACCAUCACCAGGACCUGGAGGAACCUCCUCAGAAGUCUGAGCCGAUGGGUGGAUCGGCCAAUCAGAAGUGUUACCUGAAGCUGCACCAGGAUCAGCUGCUAUAUUUAACUGAGAUUAGCAGCAGAGUCGCAGCACACGGCCGCUGCACAACGGACACGCAACGGACAUGCAACAGACACGCAACAUGUCGGCCGGCAGCCCCCCCUGGAGGAACCACAGCUUCACCCUAGGAGGAGGCGGAGACCCUCCUCUGUCCGACCAGGGAGAGACCAUCAUAGGGGUCUACCUGCUGCUGCUGGGCUGGUUGUCGUGGUUCGGGAACAGCGUUGUGUUGUUCGUCCUCUACAGACAGAGGACGUCUCUGCAGCCGACGGACUUCCUGACUCUGAACCUGGCUGUGUCGGACGCCAGCAUCUCCGUGUUCGGAUACUCCAGAGGGAUCAUCGAGAUCUUCAACGUGUUCCAGGAUGGAGGGUUCCUCAUCUCCUCCAUCUGGACCUGCCAGGUGGACGGCUUCUUCACGCUGGUGUUCGGUCUGAGCAGCAUCCACACGCUGACGGUGAUCAGCAUCACACGCUACAUCAAAGGCUGCCACCCCAGCAGAGUGCAUCACAUCAGCAGCAGCAGCAUGUUCCUGUGUCUGCUGUUCAUCUGGACCACAUCUGGGUUCUGGUCCGGAGCUCCGCUACUGGGCUGGGGCAGCUACACAGAUCGAGGGUACGGUACCUGUGAGAUUGACUGGGCCAAAGCCAGCUACUCUGGUGUCUACCGGUCCUACAUCUUGUCCAUCCUGGUCUGCUGCUUCCUGGUCCCGGUUCUCAUCAUGCUCUUCUGCUACGUGUCCAUCAUCAACACGGUGAAGCGUGGCAACGCCCUGGCAGCAGAGGGCGACCUGACUGACCGUCAGAGGAAGAUCGAGAGGGACGUCACCAUCGUGUCCAUAGUGAUCUGCACGGCCUUCAUCCUGGCCUGGUCCCCCUAUGCGGUGGUCUCCAUGUGGUCGGCCUUCGGGUUCCACGUUCCAAACCUCACCAGCAUCUUCACGCGUCUCUUCGCCAAGUCUGCCAGUUUCUACAACCCUCUGAUCUACUUCGGCCUCAGCUCCAAGUUCCGUAAAGACGUGGCGGUCCUGCUGCCGUGCACUGGCAAUGCCAAAGACGCAGUCAAGCUGAAGCGCUUCAAGCCCCAAGCUGACGGCCGCCCUGCUGUGGGGGGCGGAGCCAAACUCAAGCUGCCCCUCAACCGGCCAGAGAAGAAGUAUUCUGCUGGGAACCAGGCUCCGCCCCCAGACCCGCCCUGCACACCGCCGCCCGUCAGCAUGGAAGUGUUCUACAUCGACAUGCCCCGCCCCUCCGAGGCUGACUUUGAAUGUGACAGACUCUGACGGAUGAAUCUGAUUGGCUGAAAAAUCCAUCAAUGAACUCCAAAAUCUGCUGCCUGGUUUAGAAGACACCAGAGUUCCACCGUUUAUCUGCCAGGGAACCUUAAGAACCGAAAGAAUCAGACUUCUAGAUUCACAACCGUCCUUCAAUUUAGCAUCUGAGGUUCCAAGAAAAAACGAAUCUGAUCUCUAAAUAUUUAAUCAAAAUCACAAAAUGAUCUCCAAAAGUAUCUGCUCAAUCCAGACAAGCCAGGUCCAGUAAAACCAGAAGGUUCUUCAGAAGAGGAAGAGUCUAGAGAGGAAACGUGGAGAUAGAAAAACAUCUACAGGAUGAGGAGAUGGUAGGAGCUUCCGGAGAAAUCAACUGGAGGUUCAGGAAGACAUUUCAUCUUCCAGAACCCACAGUGGUUUCUCCUGAAGUUCCUUCCAUCACCAGGACCUGAUGACUGAGAGCCUACACAGAAGGAUGAGGAGACAACAUUAGUCAAGAGAUUAACAUCUGAGGGGAGUGUGAUUUUUGAACCCAAGUGUGAGAGGCGCACAGAGCAGACACGAAGCAGACUGGUGACCACAGGCGUUUUAUUUACAAUAAACUCAAAAAUAUAACCAAAAAUGCCAACUAUGGCCAGGACUCACACACGUGAAGAGGGGGAGAGGAAAGGCGGGCUCCUGUGGGGGCGGCAGUCGAGGGGAAAGCACGCGCCGGCGAUCGGCACCUGGGGGAGCACGGCAGCUGCAGCCAGGAUGACGCCGCGGCCACUUCAGGUAGCGGGCCGGCCCAUCGGAGCAGUCAGGGGCGGUGAAGGCUCGCGCCGGCGUUCUUCUCCUUGGGGGGGCGUGGCUGCGAUGGCCAGGGACAGUUGGGGUCCACGUCCACUGUCUGGUGGACAGCAGGGGGGGAAGACGCAGGCUGCUCCGCCGGCACUGACUCUGUCUCACAGCUUGGAGACGAGGAGAAUAGAAUGAUCCAGUGCCGCACUGCAUGCAGCGCUGGUCUUUAUAGUGAGAGGAUGAGUGGUUAGCAGCAGCUGCUGCAGGUGCUGCAGCUGCUGCUCCUCCUCUCAUCAGGACUGUGACAUGGUGGACAUGAUGGUUCCUGGGUUCUCUCUCCUUCUCCAUGUUGUUCUGGUUCCACAGAUCUGCAGGACUUUAAAAUGAACCAGAACCUGUUCAGAGUUCAACUGUUUGGUCCAGGUGACUUCUUGGAUCAACAACCUUCAAAUAUCUCUUCAGAGUCUCUGUUUUUGUCUCAGUAAAUUAAAUAAAACGAGGUGAAGCCCUGAUGUGUUUCUGGACCUUCUGAUGAAGAACAGCAGGUGGAUGGAAGCGGGAAAACACAGGAACAUACAUUUUUUGUUUUUUUAAUCUAUUAUUGACACAAAGACUGAUUUUAAUCUUUUUUUUUUAAUUUUGGAAAAAUUAGAUGUUUCUAUUUUACAUUUUCAUGACUGAGUGUAAUCCAGACUGACGUUCCUGAUUUAACUUUAAAUUCAUUCCAUGAACUCAUCGCUGGUUUUAUUUAUGUGAAACUGAAUCUGAGUUAUUAAAUGUGAAGAUGUUCUACUGA